AUGUCGACAAAAUUGCUUUCAGUUUUUUCUCGAGAUAUUUUUAAUCUUUUGGAAAAUUUAGAAGAAUUUAAUGUUACAAUACAUGUUGGUGAACAACCUAAUGUUAGAACAUUUCAUGCGCAUUCUCUUAUCCUAAAAGCUCGUUCCUCUUAUUUCAAUACUGCUCUAUCUAAACAAUGGGCAAAACAAAAAGAUGAAAAAAAUAUAUUAAAUCAACCAAAUAUAUCUCCUGAAAUCUUUGAAAUCAUAUUAAGUUAUAUUUAUUCAGGUAAAAUUUCAUUACAGGAAAGAACUAUAACAGAAAUUUUAGAAAUUUUAUCUGCAGGCGAUGAAUUAUUAUUAAAUGAUUUGUUAGACUAUAUCCAAGAUUACUUGGUUGAUACAAAAGCAGAUUGGCUACCAAAUUACAUACUAGAAAUUUACAGAAAAACAUUAGAUCAUCAAUCGUGUGAAAAAUUGAGAGAAUUCAUAUUAGCAACCAUAUCAGCAGAUCCUGAAUUAUUAUUCAACUCUAAAGAUUUUUUGAAAAUCGAAGAAUCUUUAUUGCUACCAAUACUUAAACGUGAUGAUCUUGAUAUGGCUGAAGAUGAGGAUGAUAUUGUCAGGUGUCAUUUGAAACAAGGUAGUAAACCAAUAUAUGGCAUCAACACUCCAAGAGGAAAUUCCACUUUAAUUGGUCAUAAAGAAAUGUUACACGCAAAAGUUUCAAGAGUAUCAAGGUUUAAUUAUGCAAUAACGCUUAAAGAUGAUUCCUAUGGUCCCUGUUUUGGCGAUAAAGAUUUAUGGAUGUAUGGUAAUUUUGACAAACCGGAAAGUUGUUCAUCAAAGGAAGAUGAUUAUGAAACUUGGAUAACUAAAAGUCGUAAAUUUGGUGUUUCAGAAUACGAAGUUUUUAAAAUUAUUAAAAAAUAA